AUUAAUCUUCCCUCAAAAAGAAAUAUAUAUAUAAUAUUAAUCCAUUAAUGGGCUAAACUGUCCAUCGUUGCAUGUCUUGUAAAAUUAAACAGGUUUUGUUUUUCCUCUCACUUUAUUAAUUGAUUUUUCUUUCGUUUAAUUAAUGUGGGUUUUUCUACGCAACGGUAAUGGCGGUUGAUGAUGAUUCUUCAGCGGGUUUGGAAACGACUAGGGCUUCGCAUCUAAGCACUUCUGCUUCCACCCCGAUAGAUUCAUCGAAUAUUGGUUUUCAGUUGUUAAAGAAGCAAGGAUGGAAAGAAGGAACUGGCCUUGGUGCUUCCGAACAGGGCAGGCUGGAGCCAAUAGCAACUAUUGUCAAGAAAAAUAAAAGAGGUUUGGGAGCAGAAAAGGCAUAUAAGGAAAUCAAGCAAUCCAAAGACAAGGAUAAGGGUGAUCCAAAAUUGCCUAAGAUUAAAGUAAAAGGUGUCUCGAAGAAGAUGAGGAAGAUUCAAAAGCUUGAAAAGAAGAUGCAAGAAAAGGAAUUUGAUCGGGAUUUCUUCAGGAUGUUCUGGCCAGAUAACGGAAGCGAAUGUGAGUAUCGCCAUAGUGAUAUUGCACGGGUAAAUCAAAGGGACUGUUGGUACUGGUUACAUGGUAGCUGCUUGAAUCCAAAGUGCGCGUUCCGUCAUCGGCCUCUUGAAGAAUUGGGAGGACCUGCAUCUAAUGUCCCAAAUGCCUUCACCAAGCCGGCCGUGGCAUGCGUAUUUUUUCAAAAGGGGCACUGUUUAAAAGGUGAUUGGUGUCCAUUUCUUCAUGCGCCAAAUACCAAAGCCAUACCUGUUCCAGUAACUGUAAGACCGUGGCACAUAUAUGUCAGAGAAGAAUUCUAGUGGCUGAGACGAUCAUGUUUUCUUUUAUGCUUUAUUUGAGAGUUACUAAUUGUCAAUAGUUGGGCGAAGGCUUGAGUUUCCUUUUCCCCCCCUAUAUAUUAGCAGUAUCAUAGUUGGAGUCCCAUCAUUUUGAUCCUAAUAUUGUUUAAGGGACAACUACAGCUGUAGGCCUCUGUGAGGACUACUCUAAGUGGGACAACUACAGCUGUAGGCCUCUGUGAGGACUACUCUAAGUGGACGUUUGCAUUGCAUAAUUGAUUAUUUAUUUUUUA